AUGAUCUUCUUUCCUGGCCCACAGGUGAAUAUUGAUCACUUCACAAAGGACAUCACAAUGAAAAAUCUGGUGGAACCUUCUCUGAGCAGCUUUGAUGUGGCCCAGAAAAGAAUCCGUGCCCUGAUGGAAAAGGAUUCACUGCCUCGCUUUGUGCGUUCGGAGUUUUAUGAGGAAUUGAUCAAGUAGCAAUUUAGUUGGGCUGUAAGAAUCAUCCUGUGAGUCAUUUGCUCCAUAAUCACCCAGCAUUUUCCAGCAACCUACAUAGCUUCCCAUAGCAGCUUUGCUCAAAUACUCAAACAGCGACAACUUUGUGGAGUGG